AUGGCAGCCGCCGCCGGGGGCGCGGACGACGAGUCGCGCUCGGGCCGCUCGAGCUCCGACGGCGAGUGCGCUGUGGCGCCCGAGCCGCUGACGGGUCCCGAGGGCCUCUUCUCCUUCGCCGACUUUGGGUCUGCGCUGGGCGGCGGCGCGGGCCUCCCGGGCCGGGCGUCCAGCGGGGCCCAGUCCCCGCUGCGGUACCUGCACGUCCUGUGGCAGCAGGACGCGGAGCCCCGCGAUGAGCUGCGCUGUAAGAUCCCCGCGGGCAGGCUGCGGCGCGCCUCCAGGCCCCACCGCCGGCUUGGGCCCACUGGCAAGGAGGUGCACGCUCUGAAAAGGCUGAGGGACUCAGCCAAUGCCAACGAUGUGGAAACAGUGCAGCAGCUCCUGGAGGAUGGCGCGGACCCCUGUGCAGCUGACGACAAGGGCCGCACUGCCCUGCACUUUGCCUCCUGCAAUGGCAACGACCAGAUUGUGCAGCUGCUUCUGGACCACGGAGCCGACCCCAACCAGCGAGAUGGGCUGGGGAACACACCACUGCACCUGGCGGCCUGCACCAACCACGUCCCCGUCAUCACCACACUGCUGCGAGGAGGGGCCCGGGUGGAUGCCCUGGACCGAGCGGGCCGCACGCCUCUGCACCUGGCUAAGUCCAAGCUCAACAUCCUGCAGGAAGGCCAUUCCCAGUGCCUGGAGGCCGUGCGGUUGGAGGUGAAGCAGAUCAUCCAGAUGCUGAGGGAGUACCUGGAGCGCCUGGGGCGGCACGAGCAGCGGGAGCGGCUGGACGACCUCUGCACCCGCCUCCAGAUGACGAGCACCCGCGAGCAGGUGGACGAAGUGACCGACCUGCUGGCCAGCUUCACCUCCCUCAGUUUGCAGAUGCAGAACAUGGAGAAGAGGUAG